AUGGAGUUUGUGCGUGCUGUCAUUGUUGGUGCUGGUGCGAGUACUUCCACACCAAUGUUGAGUUGUAUUGCCUCCGGCACACCGUGUUCAAACUGCAUGGAUGCUCUCACCUAUCAACCUAGUAUUCUCCGCAAUAGUAACAAUGAUGAUAAGAGUUAUAUUAGUAAAAGUAGAAAUCAUCGUUUAAAUCCAUGCUUUCUACUACAACUACGACACCCAACAGAUCAUACUAUUCAUAAUAUAUUAAUAGAUUGUGGAAAAACAUUUCGUGAAUCUGCUAUUAAAGUAUUUCCCUCAUUUGGAGUUUCUGAUCUCAGUGCUGUCUUGCUCACACAUGAUCAUGCAGAUGCUGUUUUUGGCUUAGAUGAUCUUCGUGAGUUUAAUCGUCCAGAUACACCACUGGAAGUGUUUGGCGAUGAACGUACACUGCGAUGUAUGAAAAAUGUCUAUCCAUAUUUAUUUCCAAAAGAUGGUCCUGCUGUUGUUGGGGCUUGGAGAAAGAAUAAAACUGGAUUUAUUGCCGCCAUUAAAUGGGAUUCCUUUACACCAUUAGAGAAAUUAACUAUACACAUCCCAUCAAGAGUGAGUCAAACCCCAAAUGGGGAUUCCACACCAGAGACAAAGACGCCUUCUAUUGAUACGAGUGAAGAGAAUCAUUCUACAAGUGUGGCCUGGUCUGUUGUGCCUAUUCCUGUUCUCCACGGUAGAGAUUAUUAUUCCAAUGCCUUUCUUAUUCCUUUACAUUCCGCAAAUGAAACUCCACGUUUAUUAUUAUACGUAUCGGAUAUUAGUGUAGUGGAUGAGGCCUUCUUUAAAAAUGUCGCACAUGCAAAGACUUUACUUGGCGUGCCGGUCACUACACCAAUUGAAGUUCUGGUGCUGGAUAUGUUAUCGCAUCAUGUUUAUUUCGCACAUCUCAGUGUGGAGGCGGCUAUUCAAGCAGCGCAGGAAAUAAAAGCGAAAAAAACAUUUUUUGUUGGAAUGGCUCAUUCACUUAAUUACACGGCACUCACACAACAUCUUGGUGAGUUGGGCUUUGGUGAAAGUAUGGCCGUUGGAUUUGAUGGAUGUGUGGUGGCGGAUAACAGUGAAGGGGGGUUACACCCCAACUUGUAA